CCCCAACCGAAUCAAUCCAUCCCCCACCGCCGCAGAUAAAAAUCCAAAAAUCAUCCAAGGCCGCCGUACGCUCGCUCAUGGCGCUGCAGCAGCUGCCGCUGCAUCGGCCGCAGCCGCCGCUCGCCGCGCUCGGCCGCUCCGUUCGCCCGUGCUUCCUCUUCCCGCCCGCAGCCGCCCGCUGCGCGGCCGCCGGGGUCGCCUUCUCGCUCCAGACCAACGUGCGCCUCCUCAAGCCUAACCGCCGCUCCCGGCGGUCCCGCUACCCGUACUACGACCUCGACGACGAGGAUGACGAGGAAGAGGAGGACGACGAGGGCGACGAGAGCGAGGAUGAUCCAUCAGGUUUGGAGUAUCCUGGUGUACUUUAUACAAACAACCCUCGUGCUCCGAGCAAGAGAGCAGGACGACAAACGUCACUGCUAAAAGAAAAUUGGGAAGGAAGACAGCCUAAAACUCAUGACAAACAUGGUAGUCCAGAAAAUUCCAGUUCCCUGCAGCCCAGGAGUAAAGUAGGCAGAAAAUCACUAGAUCCUACAGGCCUGAACAGCAAACUAGAGUUGAACAACGAAAGCAUCUCUCGGAGUUUGUUCCAGAAACUGCAAGAAGAAUAUGACUUUGAUGAUAAAUGGCUACCACUUAUUGAUUACCUGUGCUCAUUUGGACUGAGAGAAUCCCAUUUUACUUACAUCUAUGAGAGACACAUGGCCUGCUUUCAAAUCAAUCGGGCUUCUGCAGAAGAAAGGUUGGAGUUCCUGCUAAGCACUGGUGUUAAAAGCAAGGAUCUGAAGAGGAUGCUGGUUAGACAGCCACAGAUUUUGGAAUACACUCUGAGCAAUCUGAAGUCUCACGUUGCUUUUCUGGCUGGGAUUGGUGUUCCAAAUGCACGAGUGGGGCAAAUUAUUUCUUCUGCUCCUUCAUUUUUGUCAUACAGUAUUGAGCAGUCCCUGAAGCCAACCAUAAGUUAUUUGAUUGAGGAAGUGGGUAUCGAGGAGAGUGAUGUGGGCAAAGUAGUGCAGCUAAGCCCCCAGAUUCUGGUGCAGCGAAUUGAUAAUGCGUGGAAAUCUCGAUUUCUUUUUCUCACAAAAGAACUAGGGGCUCCCAAAGAUAGCAUCGUUAAGAUGGUCACAAAGCAUCCACAACUGCUUCAUUACAGCAUUGAGGAUGGAAUCUUGCCUCGGAUCAAUUUCCUUAGAAGCAUUGGCAUGAGAAACUCUGAUAUUCUCAAAAUAUUGACAAGUCUUACACAGGUGUUAUCUUUGUCGUUGGAGGAAAAUCUCAAACCAAAGUAUCUUUACUUGGUCAAUGACCUGAAGAAUGAGGCUCAAUCCUUAACAAAGUACCCCAUGUACUUGAGCUUGUCUCUUGAGCAAAGAAUUCGUCCGCGCCACCGUUUUCUUGUUUCGUUGAAGAAAGCUCCAAAGGGUCCAUUUCCUCUUAGCUCCUUUGUGCCUACGGAUGAGCGUUUUUGCCAGCGGUGGGCCGGGACUACCUUAGAGAAGUACGAUACAUUCAGACAGAGGUUAUUGCUGACAGGUUUUGCAGAGAAGACUGGAAGGAAAUCGUUAGCAUCACGACGGUAGAUGCUCGAGUAACUUGACCUUCUUUGAGUGGGUCUUUUGCUUUCUGAGCCUAUCCUCCUUGCUAUUGGAAAGUUCCAAAGGGUCCAUUCCCUCUUAAGCUCCUUCUGCGUACAGUUGAAUGUUUUUGCCAGCAAUAAGCUGAGACUAACUUAGAUAAGUAAUAUACCUUUAGACAGAGCAAGCUGCUGAUAGGUUUUGUUGAGAAGUCUGGAAGGAAAUGAUUAUCACCAAGACUGUUGAUAAUUGAUCUUCAGUUAGUGGAUUACGUUUUUGAUUUGAGACUGCUCUCCUCACUGAAAUGGUCUAGGUUGCUGGCCAAUGAUAGGCGGGUUUAUAAUGCAGAUAUAUCAACUACCGCUUAAACGGGUCUGUAUAGCAUCUUGUAAAUAGACGGUCCAUCUAGGAGAACAGCAUCCAGCCGAAAUUUCUGAUGGAACAUUUUGUUAACUACUUCCUGGAGUAGCUACCUACCAAAUGGCUAUUAGCUGACUGUUAACCGCAACGUUUGAGCCGCAUAUUAUGUCGGGUGGAACUGCAGCUUAGCCAUCUUAGAGCUAUAGUUGGUAGCUUUCUGUGUCAACGUGUGCUUGUAAUGUCCUGUUGUUUCCAGGGUUGUAAUAAUGAUAGAAAUUCUGAUGCUAGUCCUGUUUAUCAGGGAUAUGGCGGAAAUAGUUGUGCCUCUUUCGUUCGUC